GACAGAAAUCUCACCAGAGACGAGGUUGCAAGCUGCCCUUGCAGGGCCAGUGUAAUGAAUUGGAUUAUUGCAUUUAAUGUGCAGCUGCUAACCCACAGAGGGAACAGCUGCCCUCCAGCUAAGCCAGCCCAAUGGCUCUGGUAGGAGCAGGACCUCUGCAGCCGUGGGACCCCCUUGCACAGCCCAGCAGCUGCUGUUUUUUCACUCUCCAGAGAUCCUGCAGUGAUAUUCCAUUUAAAGGUUGCUCUAAGGCCGGAAAAGUUGACUGGAAACAACACUGGGGUGGAGGUUUACAACACUGUGCUUUGCGUGGGAAGAUGAAAGAGCUGAGAAUCUGAAAAGAGGAGAGAGCGGUAGCUGGUAGCAUGUUCUUGCUCAUGGUGAAGGAAAGGAAUAUGCAUGCAGAUUAUGAAGACAGUGGCUUUUAGAAGAUGACCAUAGAGGACCUCCCAGAACCUUCCUUAGAAGGAGAUUCCCUCAUUGAAAGAGAAAGGUUCUUAAACUCUGAAACAUCUGUUACUUUUUCUGUGGCUGCAGCACCGAUGCCUUCAGACUGUGAGUUUUCCUUCUUUGAUCCCAAUGAUGCAGCAUGUCAAGAAAUACUUUUCAACCCCAAAACAUCAGUUUCUGAAUUGUUUGCUAUCUUACGGCAGUGGGUUCCACAAGUCCAGCAAAAUAUUGAUAUUAUUGGGAAUGAGAUCAUUAAAAGGGGUUGCAAUGUGAAUGACAGAGAUGGACUGACUGAUAUGACUCUCUUGCAUUACACUUGCAAAUCAGGGGCUCAUGGCAUUGGUGAUGUUGAAACUGCUGUAAAGUUUGCGACGCAGCUCAUUGAUUUGGGUGCUGAUAGCAGUUUACGCAGCCGCUGGACAAACAUGAACGCCUUGCACUAUGCUGCCUACUUUGAUGUUCCAGAACUUAUUAGUGUUAUUUUGAAAAAUGCAAAGCCAAAAGAUGUGGAUGCCACCUGUAGUGAUUUUGAUUUUGGAACAGCUUUGCAUAUUGCUGCAUUUAACCUGUGUACAGGAGCUGUCAAGUGUUUACUGGAACAUGGAGCAAAUCCUGCCUUUAGGAAUGACAAAGGGCAGAUUCCGGCAGAUGUGGUUCCUGAUCCAGUAGAUAUGCCACUGGAAAUGGCAGAUGCAGCGGCCAGUGCAAAAGAAAUCAAGCAGAUACUGCUGGAUGCAGUGCCUCUCUCGUGUGACAUAUCAAAAGCCAUGAUCCCAAACUGUGACCAUGUCACAGGCAAGGCCAUGCUUCUGUCGCUUGGCCUGAAACUGGGAGAUCGUGUUGUUAUAGCAGGACAGAAGGUUGGUACAUUAAGAUUUUGUGGCACGACGGAAUUUGCCAGUGGCCAGUGGGCUGGCAUAGAACUGGAUGAACCAGAAGGAAAGAACAACGGCAGUGUUGGAAAAGUCCAGUACUUCAAGUGUGCACCAAAACAUGGUAUCUUUGCACCUCUUUCUAAGAUAAGCAAGGCUUCUGAUCACAGGAAAAGCUCUUUAAGAAGUUCCUCCGUGCGGUCUUCACCUUUGGUCAAAUCCAAGAAAAUAGAUGUGACGCACAUAACUUCCAAAGUGAAUUCUGGCCUAAACACGGUGAAAAAAGAGGGUGCUUUGGAAACCAACUUCAUGACUCCUCACAGGGGAAAACCUGUACCUGCAAAAGAUGGUUUUCCUGGGUACACCAGCUCUUCCUCUUCAACUACCUCCUUGGAAGGCAAACGGAAUUACUCCAAGAAGAGGAACUUGACUGGCAGCAGCAAGAAGGCAGUGACCCGAGUGUCUUCUGCCUCAUCUAAAAUCAGUGCAGGGUUCUAUAGUUCUCCAGCUACAAGGAAAAAUGCUUUUGGUGAAGGAGAAAUUCAGAUUGGAGACAGAGUCCUGGUGGUAGGACAGAGAACAGGCACCGUUAGAUUUUGUGGGACGACAAAAUUUGCACCAGGAUUCUGGUGUGGAAUUGAAUUGGACAAGCCUCAUGGGAAGAAUGAUGGUUCCGUGGGAGGCAUCCAGUACUUCAGUUGCCUUCCCAGACACGGUAUAUUUGCACCACCAUCUCGUGUUCAGAGACUGACAGGUUCUCUGGAUUCUCUCUCAGAGACUUCGUUGAAUAAACUAAAUCGCACUUUUCCAGGCUUUAGGCGCAGCCUGAGCACCACUUCUGCAUCUUCACAGAAGGAGAUAAACAGAAGAAACUCCUUUGUUAGAUCCAAGAGCUCCGUGUUACGGCGCAGCUGGAGCAGCACCACUCCAGCUAACACUGAGGGACCGGUGAAGCUCCAUGAAGGCUCCCAGGUCCUUCUGACCAGCUCCAACGAAAUGGGGACUAUCAGGUACAUCGGUCCUGCAGACUUUGCACCUGGGAUAUGGCUUGGACUGGAACUCAGAAGCGCCAAGGGAAAAAAUGAUGGCUCUGUGGGGGAGAAGCGCUACUUCACCUGUAAGCUGAACCACGGGGUUUUGGUUCGACCAAGCAGAGUCACCUAUCGUGGGAUUAAUGGGGCAAAACUUGUAGAUGAUAUCUGCUGAGCCAAAAUGUGCUCAUACAAUAGGAAAUACGUAUUUUAAAGCACACAAGAACCCCACCUAGAAUGCAAACUUAUUUUUAAAUUAUUAAAUCUGAAUUUGCAUUUUACAUAUAUAUUAACAUAUAUAUGUAUAUAGAAUAUAUUUUUAUAGAUAUAUAAAAAUAUAGAGAGAUUUUAAAAAAUCACAUUAAGAAGUAAAACCACUAUUGUGUUUCUCUUACUGAAACAGCCUUUGCUUGGGAAGGGUAUUGCAAAAGUGUCUUGGGUGUGAGAUGCUGUAUUGUUUGAGCAAUGUUCCAGUACGUUCAGCAUUCUCUAACGUUGCUUUCAUGAAUCAUUUACUGGUUCAAGCAGUAUUUAAGUGAUGUUCCUCUGCCUGGUUAUGAACUGAUAAUGCUUCUCACAGAGGAGGUGGUGAAUGAGUCCCAUUAGUUUGGGUACUAGCGACUUCAUCAGUUCCAGGACCAGUUGCUAGCAAUAAGAAAGCAAAAAAGAUGGACCCCUUUUUCAAGCAGUUGUGAAGUAUUUUUACAUUUUCCCAUUGAGAUCCCUCCUCUUUUUCCCCCCUCUUAUUCUCACCUCCAGAACACAAAAGGGCUGAUUUGUGGUUACCUUUGUGAACAACAGCAGUAAAACAAAAUGGCUUUAAAAAGCACAAAUACGCUGCAUGUCAGGCUGUAUGGUAAAAAGCACUUUCUGCUGUAUGCAUUUGUAGAAGGAGCAAUGUAUAAGAAGCACUCUUUAAAAUAAUGCACUUUGCACUCUCCUGGAGAGCUUUCCCUCAAUUUUGAAGUAUUUUCCCUUUCGUGUGCUGCAAGCUGCAAGUAUCAGGUUUUAAACGCAGAUAAACCUGUACUUCACAUUACUUAAUAGCCUCAUCAUAAAUACGAAGUCUGUAUAAAUACAGCAUGGUAGUUCCUGCCAGAGGUAUGGAUUAUAUGCAGGGUCUUCAAGCAAGCUAGUAACAUGAUUUGAUUUAUUUGUGAUACGUUUCUUUUGGAAUAGUUUGCAGUAGAAAUUUACUGUAGAUGCUCACGAUAAAUUAAGGAUGGUUUUAGUGUGUUAUAA